GAACAGUACAAAUUCAACGUUUUGUACCAUUCUAGAGAUUUUCCACCAGGUUACCCGAUUAUAGAAAGCAUUGUCCAGGCUAUUAAGAACAGUAAACGUAUCAUAUUUGUCGUUACAAAAAAAUUUUGUGAAAGCUUUUGGUGUCGUGAAGAAAUAAAUAUCGCAUUCAACCACGUUAAAAAGAGAAGGAGGUUGUUGGUUACAUUUUUAAAUGGAGUA